GAGUUUGAAUUGUCCUUGGGUGCGUGCUGUCGGGUGCUGUAUUUGCGUGGUUGUGUUUGCGUCGUUUGCCAGCAUAUGUGAUUACUGUAAACGUGUAUUAAACUAUUGUAACGCUUUGUUUUUCUUUGUUUGUGCAUGUACUAGGCAUUAUUUGUCGUACAAUUCGUUGUUUGGUCUAUUGGUUGCUUGCGAUGUCAACGAACCGUCCGUUGCAGGUAGUCAAUUCGAGUGACAGGAGCACAGAUUUAAGUGGAAUUUUUGCUGAAUACAUACUUGGAAAGCGUUUCUUCAGCUGGGAUGAAUUUGAGAAGUCAUUAGCAGAAUUUCAAAAAUUAUCCUACACUCACUAUGUUCAUAAUUGCAGCAAAACGAUACCGGAUGCCAGGUUUAAGUACGCUUAUGUUGGUUUUAAAUGCACUUUUGGAGUGAAUCGUACAAGACCUGGAUUGAAAUUGAAAAACAAGUCGUCUAAAUGUUGCAAUUGCUCGUCUUCAUUUCGCGUGGUUUUGCAUUAUAGUGAAUACAUAAUUGCUUCCCACAAUAUGGUGCAUAACCAUCCAUGCAGCAGGGUGUACAUGCAGAAUGACCCAUGGUAUAGACGACUAACAGUUGAAGAGAAAGAAAAUAUUGAACCACUUCUUCAGCAAUCCCACUCAUCCGAUGAAAUAAUAAUGCAUGUUAAGGAGAAGUACAACAAGGAUAUAACUCGCAUUGACGUUAAAAAUAUGAAAGCCGCAGUGAAUAAAGGUAACGUUGACGUACUUGUUACAUACUUAAGGUAUUUCGAGUCGUCGUGACAUUUUUGAAUUCCUAAAAUCCCGUGGGAAGUUAAUGGAGUAUUAUUCCGAUGAACCGAUCAGGAAUUCACUAACAAGAAUUUGUUUUGCAACUUAUGAGCAAAUGGAAUUGUAUAAACAGUUCCCUGAAGUUGUUGGUAUCGACUCGACGUAUAAUACGAAUAAGGGGAAGUAAGUUUACCAAUUCAUUAGUCAACGUGCAGGUAUUCUUUGUUCCAGCUACUUGUGACGGAUAAUUUUGGUCGUGGACGACCAGUUUUAUUUGCGUGGACUAGAAAAGAAUUCAAACGAGAUGUAGUUUGGAUAUUAGACUGUUUCCGGCAAAUAAUGGAAGACACCUCGAAAACAGAAUCCUUCAUUAUGGAUUGUGCGCAAGCUGAAAUAGCAGCCGUCAAGUUAACGCACAGACAAGCGCACAUUGUUUUGUGUUCUUUCCAUGUUUGCCGAGCUUUCUGUCGGAAAAUUUAAUUUCUACUUCAGAGUUAUUAGCAGAUUGGAUGCUAAUGUCAGUCAAUACCUACAACGUCGUUGGAUGCAUCGACGAGAAUUGUGGGCGGCCUGUUUCAGAGAUAACGUGCUGACUUUUGGGAACGAUACAAAUAAUCGUGUCGAGAGUUCCCACAAGCAGAUGAAACGGUUUUUGCAAAGAUCUGAUAGUCUGCAUAAAAGUAUGCUAAAGGUGUAUAAAUGGCAUAAACGAAGUUUUUCAAUAAUACAGCAGGAGGCGAAUAUUGCUCAAUCACGAUGCUUCACGUAUCCCUGUUCACAAAGUUUAAUCCCAAUUAUACGGUUGCUUACACCAUACGCCGCGAGGAAGGUAAUACGUGAAUACCAAUUGCGACGAUGGGCUACUGUUGAGUUCGAAUCCGUUGAUUAUGUAUUUUUCAAAGAAAAUGGGAAUACAGUGCAGGUUGAUCUGAGUGCUUGCACCUGCACGUGCUUUACAUUUCAGACCUGUCGGUACCCCUGCCGACACUUGCUUUUGGUCCACUUAAGAAAGCCGUAUUUCACAGUUAACCAUGUGAUGCAUAAUUGUAAACAAUGGACGUGGUCACGCAACUUGUUCGCAUCUCAAAGUACGUCAGCAGUUAUCCCUCGAAAUCGAAGUAACAUAUACGAUACCAAAAAGAAGAUUAUCAAUGCGGGUAUGGACAGAAUUAAUGACAAAUUUGGAGAAGUGUUUGCCAAUGCUUAUGCAGACGGAG